UCUUCAAAAUUAGUCAAUGUAGUUAGAAAAAUGGGUUAUGCAGUAGUAACUCCAUUUGAAGUACUUGAAGCUGAACCACUGCCUGGGCAGUUGAGCUCACAGGCGGCUGAACUUACUGCCCUUACACGAGCUUGUCAAUUCGCAUCGGGCCACUCUGUAAAUAUUUGGACUGAUUCUAAGUAUGCCUUUGGAAUCUGUCAUGCCACUGGACAAUUGUGGAAACAGAGGGGAUUUAUGACAGCCUCUGGAACUAAAAUAUCAAAUGCUAAACAAGUCUAUGAUCUCCUACAAGCUAUAAUGUCCCCAAAAGCCAUAGCUGUAAUGCAUUGCCCAGCCCAUACCAAAAAGGGAGAUCAAGUCUCAAAAGGCAAUGCCCUGGCCGACGCUGCAGCUCAAACAGCAGCCUUACAGCCACUAUCCGCCCUAGCCUUCCAAGCUCAAAUUCCUCAGUCAAAGGCAUAUUUGGGAAUAUUGCUAGAGCCAAAAAUGUACGAGUCUGCACCACCUUUAGAACAACAGAGAUGGAAAGCGGCAGGAGCCACCUGUGAAAAAGAUGGAAUAUGGCGAUUGCCAGAUGAAAGGAUAGUGCUACCUAAAGCAGCCCUUAGACCCUAUCUGCAACAACUCCAUCAAAGCGAGCAUUUAGGUUGUGAAAAACUUGCCACUAUCACUAACAGGCUGUUCUACGCACCUGGAGUCUACCAGGAAGCAAAAAGGCUUUUAGAACACUGCAGUAUAUGCAAAAGUUUAAUAUCAAAGGAGAAAAAUCAGGACCCCCUGGAGCCCGCCCCUGGGCUUAUACUCACUUUGAAAGACUACAAAUAGAUUUUGCUGAGAUGCCUAAAGACAAUGGGUACAAAAACCUCCUAGUAAUUGUUGACCAACUCACGGGGUGGGUAGAAGCCUUCCCACCAGAAGAGCUACAGCACAACUAGUAGUAAAAAUACUCCUUAAUGAAAUUAUACCCAGGUUUGGUCCUCCACGUAUUGUUGAAAGUGAUCAAGGAUCACAUUUUACUGCUGACAUAAACAAAACACUGGCCAGCUGCCUAGGAAUAGAAUGGAAAUUCCAUACCCCUUGGCACCCAGAAAGCUCAGGACAAGUAGAGAGAAUGAAUCAGACCCUGAAACAAAAAUUGGAAAGCUAUGUGCUGAGAGCGGGUUAAAAUGGACUAAGAUUCUCCCACUGGCCCUUAUGUCCAUCAGAAUGACCCCCAGGAGAAAACUAAAGCUCAGCCCUUACAAACUGCUGUUUGGACACCCUGUCCCCCAACACUUCCCCUUACUACUGGCUUACACUUCUCUUUUAGGCGAUGAAGGACUCACCUCUUAUAUUUUAUCUCUACAGUCUCAGUUAAAAUCUCUCCAUAGGUAUGCUGCUUUAAGCCAACCCCUCCCUGCCGAUAUCCCAGCACAUGGCAUCCAGCCUGGAGACUGGGUGUAUGUAAAAACUUGGAAACGGUCUCCCCUUGAACCUAAGUGGCAAGGACCGUAUCAAGUCCUCCUCACCUCCCACACCGCCGUAAAAGUAGCAGAAAAGGACAACUGGAUUCAUUAUACUCAUACAAAGAAGACAGAAGUUUCACCAGAGCUCAGGAUCGGCUCCAACGCAAGCUUCCCUGACCUGGAAAAGGGGAAGCCAGAAGAAGACGACUGCAGAAUUCGCGGGAGCACCGCACGCCCACCUGACCGCGACAAGGGAGGAACUGACCAGACUGAGCCUAGAUGGACACUGGCUUUGACAGAUGAAGGGAGCGCUGGGACAGGUUGCUGGCUGGCUCCUCAGAGCAGGGCAUGGGGAGAGUACCCCAAGCCCCCCAUCUCUGUGAUCCCCAGCUGGGUGGUGGCACUUGGGUGGAAUAUCACUAUCCGCUGUGAGGGUUUGUACCCAGGCAUGAAGUUCUAUCUGUACAAAACUGGACACACAGACCAGCUGCAGCAGGAGGUGCCUGGGGGGAACGUGUCUGAAUUUCCCAUCACCAAGGUGAGCUGGGAAGAUGGAGGAAGCUACACCUGCAACUAUCACCCCAUAGUGGAUAGGAACAGCUGGUCGUAUCUCAGUGACCCUGUGGAGCUGGUGGUGAGAGAGCCCAGCCACCCAAAACCCAGCAUCUCCCUGUGCCCCAGCACAGCAAUGACCCCAGGGGGAACUGUGACCAUCCGGUGCCGGGGUACACACCUAUGGAUGAAGUUUGUUCUGAACAAAGUGGGAAGCAGUUUCCCACCCCAGGACGCCAUCGGGUUUCAGGCUCAGUUUGUCAUCCCCAGUGUGAGCACUGAGCACAGCGGGAGCUACAGCUGCUACUACCACAGCAAAUCUGACCCGUUCACUGUGUCUGAGUCCAGCGACCCUGUGGAGCUGGUGGUGAGAGAUCUCAGCUACCCCAGACCCAAAAUCUCUCUCAGCAACAGUGAACCCAUUGCUCCAGGCCAAAAUGUCACCAUCCGCUGUGUGUGUCGGUGUCAGCACCAGGACCUGAAGUUCUUCCUGCACAAGGCUGGAGCUCAGCAGAUGCUGCAGCCUAUGAAAACUAUGGGGAAAGUGGCUGAGUUCUUCAUCCCCAGCGUGACCAGGGAGCACAGAGGGAGCUACAGCUGCAGCUACCGCCCCCAGGGAGAACUAUAUGUCUUGUCAUAUCCCAGCAACCCUGUGGAGAUUGUGGUGACUGAACCAAAAGUCCAAUGGAACCAGGUCACCUCCUUUGUCAUCGCUGUGGUGUGCUCCAUCCUCCUCCUCCUCCUUGUGGCCUUCCUCUGUUACAGAAGACUGCUAGGAGGGAAAGGUUGGGCACCAAUAUGGAACAGGGAUAUGAGGGCUCCAGAGGACCCAGAACCUGUCUAUUCUUCUGUCACUGAAGGAAAUCAGGCAGAGACCCUGCCCCAGGACGAGCUCCAUGCCAGUGCUGAUGGCAUCACCUAUACCGAACUGAACCAUGAAUGUCUGAACAGGAAACGGGGGAAUCCUGCCCCCACCCCUACUGAACCCAUCUUGUACAGCAUGCUCAAGGUGACCCAGGGGUCCUACAGUGACAGCUCCUCCCCACCCACGCACUUCUAGCAUGACCCCAGCUGGAUUAUCCCAACAGUGAGGGGCAGGGAGUUGUCGGCCCAGCGAGGUGGUGACAGUCAUUCACUUGCAAUGGCAGCACUGUAGUGUGGAUUCUGCUUACAGGGAAGAUUUACUGAGAUCCUUGCAUCCUUCCUCCCCCAGUGUAUCCCCCAUGUCCUUGCCCCAGCACAGGCUGGUGUGGGGAGCCAAGCGGAGGAUUCAGUGCAGGGAGGAGGAGGGGAUGCCCCCAGGCAGCUCUUUGCAUUAACUGACAUUCUGCUUCAUUUCUAGAUUUGUUAUCAAUGCUGAACCCCAAGCUCUGACUGGUCCCUGCCCCCAGGAUAUCAAUCUAUGUUCAUCAGGGCAAUGCAGGAUCACUCUGGGGUGGGAUGCAGGGGGCUGCCUAUACUAUGAUGCCUUGCUCAGUGCUGAACUUCUACUAUUGCAGUAAAUAGCUUCCCAGCAGGGGGGGGCUGCACAGUAAUUACAUGGAGGACCUGUGAUAAUAGAAGUCACUUGAUGAGAAGGAAAGCAAUAAAGCCACAGUGCUGCCCUG